UGUUCAUCACCAAUCAUGACAAGGGCCACAUUGCCACCAUGCUCAACUCAUGGCCUGAGGAUGACAUUAAGGCUGUGGUGGUGACAGAUGGGGAACACACCCUUGGCCUGGGGGACCUGGGCUGCUACGUCAUGGGCAUCCAAGUGGGCAAGCUGGUGCUAUACACAGUGUGCAGGAGAGUCAACUCACAGCAGUGCCUGCCUGUGAUGCUGGAUGUGGGUACCAACAACCAGGAGCUGCUGGGGGACACCCUGUACAUCAGCCUGCAGCAGGAGAGCAUGCAUGGGGAGGAUUAUGACCAGUUGCUGGAGGAGUUCAUGCAGGCAGUCACCCACAAGGGAGCAACACAAGCCACUGGGAUGGGAUACGGAAUGCACUGCCUCGUCCAGUUUGAGGACUUCACCAAUGUCAAUGCCUUCUGUCUGCUAAACAAGUACCAAGACAAGUACUGCAUGUUCAGUGAUGACAUCCAAGGAACCGAUUCCAUUGCUGUGGCUGGGAUCCUUGUGACUCUGUGGGUCACCAGAAGCCAGCUCUCUAGCCAUGUGUUCAUCUUCCAAAGAGCAGGGGAGGCUGCCCUGGGCAUCACUCACCUCCUGGUUAUGGCCCCGGAGAAGGAAGGCAUCCCUGCAGCUGAGGCCACCAAGAAGAUCUGGAUGGUGGACUCCAGGCGACUCACUGUCAAGAUGUAUUGUCAUCUGAGCCCUGAGAAAGAGACUUUUGCCCAGGAUCAUGCUGAGAAGGGCUCCUUGGAGGAGGUGGUGCAGCAGGUGAAGCCCACAACCAUCAUAGGUGUGGCAGUCAUGGCUGGUGCCUUCACAGAGCAACUCCUCAGGGACACGGCCUCCUUCCACGAGCGCCCCAUCAUCUUCGCCCUGAGCAACCCCACCAGCAGGGCCGAGUGCACAGCUGAGCAGUGCUACCAUGCCACCCAGGGCUGGGGCAUCUUUUCCAGCAGCAGCCCCUUUGAGUGCAUGACCCUGGAAGAUGGCCACACCUUGAUGCCUGGGCAGGGCAACAACGCUUACGUGUUCCCAGGGUUGGCAUUGGGUGUCAUCGCAGGUGAUGUGUGGAACAUCCCUGAUGAGCUCUUCCUCCUCACUGCAGAGGUAGAAAUUUCCCAGGAGGUGUCUGAGCAGCACCUGUUGCAGGGGAGAUUAUAUCCGCCCCUCAGCUCCAUCAGAGAUGUAGAUGUGUCUCUGAGAAUCGCCAUCAAGGUCCUCACAUAUGCCUACAAGCACAACCUGGACACUUACUACCCGGAACCUUUGGACAAGGAGGUGUUUGUUUGCUCCCUGGUCUACACUCCUGACUAUGACUCCUUCUCACUGGACAGCUAUAAAUGGCCUAAGGAAGCCAUGAGUGGACAGAUGGUCUGA